AUGUUUCCAAUAACAUUGACAAAUUCGGGGGUGGUGGAGGCAGAGGAAAUAGAAGAAUCUGGUCAGGAACUCGGUGACUUUGUUCCAGCGUGGGUCGAGGAAGAAGGUGUUGAGGACAAUGAUGGCGAAAAAGAAUUGCUGCAAUUUGACCCCAUCGAUGACAACGAUGAAGAGCCAGUGGCGAACUUUGAUAAUAUAGCGUGGGAGGGCGAUCACGAGUAUUUUUUCUCCGAGGCGUCAGAAUUCAUGGAUCCAGAGAGAUUUGUGCAAGACGUGGAAAUCAAUGGGACCUCAACGCCAUACUCAAUUCUUAGAAAGUUCAUGACCGAUGAAGUUAUUAGAGAAAUUAUUCAUCAGACCAACUUGUAUGCAGUCCAGAGAAAAAUACCCCAAUGGAAACACUUAACUGUGGCAGAGUUCUGGAACUUCCUGGCGCUACACGUACUAACUGGAAUUGUGCAGAAACCAUCAUUGAAAGAUUAUUGGAGUAUCAAUAUGCUGAUUUCAACACAUUAUUUUGGGGACACGAUGAGUAGAAACAGAUUCUUACAAAUCUUACGUGGACUACAUUUCGUGAAUAUAGAGGACCCUGAUUUGGACACAACCAACCGAUUUCACAAGUUGGGGACUAUCUUACCGGAUAUUGUGAAUAACUUCAGAAGAGCGGUCAAUCCAGGAGAAUUUUUGACACUAGACGAAGAACUUAUGCCAUUCAGGGGAAGGUUGAGUUUCAGGCAGUACAACCCUAAGAAAAGAGGACGAUUUGGGAUCGAGUCAUUUUUACUCAUGGAUGCUGAAAAGAAAUAUGUUCUCGACAUUUUGCCAUAUCAAGGACGAAGUACUCCGAUCUUUGAUCAAGCUUGGAUCGCCGCUUACGGAUUUGGUGGUGCCACAGCCCUUACAUUGUUGAGAAAAGGAUAUUUCAAUAAAAAUCAUCGUCUCGUGCUGGACAAUUACUUUCAGUCUCCUACUCUUGCCAAAGUUCUCGUCAGACUUGAAGUCUUUGUUCUAGGAACAGUAAGGAAGAACAGAAAAUUUAUGCCCCGGUUUGUUGACCCAAUAACUAAAAAGCCAAAUAAGAUUACACAAGGGGAAGUGGAAACAUUCUCAGAUGGCGACAUGCUGUUGGAACGUUGGGGCGAUAGAAGAGAAGUUUUUAUGCUAAAUACAUUCAUUGACCAUCGAAUGGAAGAAUGCAACUCUGGUAACCCAGCCAAUCAAAGAUUGAAACCAGCUUCCGUACUUGUCUACAACAAAGUCAUGGGAGCGGUCGAUAACAUGGACGCCAUGAUAAGACCUUAUCAAGCGCUUCGCAAGACGACAAAGUGGUAUAGGAAAUAUUAUUUCAAGCAAUCCGGUUCAGAGGAGUUUUUUAGGACGGCCACCAAGACAAAGGAAAGAAAAGUCGUCAAGCCAGGCACAUUAUCCUCAGUCAACUCGAGACGCCAAUGGAAAAACCAAGCGGUCAAAUUGUAA